UCUUUCCAUGUCAUGGCAGACCAAAUGUCAAGAGGACGGAUUCGAUGUUUAUAUAUAAAAUAUCAGUUAUCAAUGGAAACUCCGCAGAGGACUUAAGCUUGAAUAAUCCGCUAAUAGAGCUGCAUAUACACGAAUGAAUUUUCGCGAAAAUUUAUUAUAAAGUUCAAGUAUUAACCUAUAAUGAUCUUCAUUCGUGUUCUACUAACUUUAAUUGUACAAAUAAGUAAAGUAAAUUCGUGAUCGAAUAUAUUUCGGAAUUGCAAGAAAUAUAGGAAAUGAAUGCCACCAGCCUUUAUGUUUCGACAUCCCGUUUGGUCCUUCAGAACGACGGGGAAAUAAGCCAAAACUGGACUGAUCUAUAUAGGCUUGUCCCGUAUUUACGACAAUCGUUGUCAUGUUCUGUUUGUAGCCGACUUUUAGUUGAACCAUAUACACCUGUAAACGUCCACUGUCAGCACCAUGUUUGCAAGCUGUGUGUGAGAGGGAGGAAGAAUGUGAGGCCGCUGUGUUCAUUUUGCAAAAGUUAUGACAAGUAUAAAGAAAAUAUGCAGCUAAGAAUACUUCUACAAUGCUAUAAAAGACUAUGUGAGCAUAUAAAGUCGACAUCAAUGUACAGCAUAAUAAAAAGGCAGAAGCAAGCUUCACUCUCAGUUGCUACGGCUAAGCCAAUUACGAACUCGAGCCUAGUUGAUUUCAUUGAAGAGGGAGCAAUGUUUCAAGAUAAUUUCCAAUCAAAUUCCGGUCUAAAAAAGAGUGAUUACUCAAUUCUUCCCUGUGUGUUUGCGCGCACUGAUGUAAAAUCGCCAUCGGCUGAAGCUUCCUUGACGGCUGGUGUCAAACAACGAGCAAAUUGUGCAGUAGAUAUACUGGCAACGGAGCCAGGCACUACUUCAAUUGGAUCCCAUCCCCCACCGAUAAAAACGGUUUCGAAUGGUUCCGCAAUGUACUCAGUUUUAUAUACAGGCAUAGGUAAUAAGAUAACUAUUAAGAGAAAGGUGGAAUCCGAUGAGGAAGGGGUUACACGGGAAUUUCCAGCAGAAACGGUCAGUCAGAAAAAUUCGCUAAAACGCCGUGGGUGCCGAUGUGGGAAUGCAGCUGUAACACCCGGUAAACUAACAUGCUGUGGCCAACGUUGUCCAUGUUACGUAGAAUCAAAAUCUUGCGUAAAUUGUAAAUGCCGUGGUUGCCGAAAUCCUCACAGACCUGAUGGUGGUAAGGUCAGGCCACAUAUUCCGGAAUUGGCUUGUUACGAAAUCCAAGUCGCAGAGGAAAAUACAAAUGGAUCCCUUGGCUUGGCCGCGACUUCCGGUGAAGGGUGUCAAGUACCUCUCCAAGAUUUCAAUUCCUCUAAACGAUUAAUAACCGAAUUGUCAGGGGCAAAGGCAUCGCAUCUUUCGCCAGUGUCGUCAAUCGAUAAUAUUGGAAGGGAAUCUUUCCUCAUUACUUCUGAUGGUAGUUUUCAAGUGGUUAACGUUUUCGCAUCACAAGCUCAUCAACGUCUGGAAAAGGAUCAGUCAACUAUGCAUUCCAGGAACAUGGCAGAUGUUUCUCAAAUAGUAAUGCAAACCGACGACACUUCAAACAUUUUUGUUCAUCCGAAUGAUAUAUCACAGCACAACGCCUCAAUAUUUAUGUCACCCAACUCAUCGACCAUAACUCUUUCACCUAUCAUAAUGACAGCUUCUAAUCCAUUUCCAUGUCAAAUUUUUAAUGAUGAAGAAAUGGUUACAUCCUGUUCGCAACCUUCACCAGCCAGAACAUCCUUAGUAGAUUUAGUUGUAACGAGCAAUGAGCCCAUCAUCCAGGAAAAUUUACAGUUUCAAUGAAACUUUACCAGCAGAAACAAUUAAAAUUCCAUUUUCUUUUAGGUUUUCUCCUUAUUGCAAAGAUGAAGUGCUUAUAUAUAAAAGUAUUUAAAGUUUGUCUAUAGUUGAAUAUAGAUUUUUCAAUUGCA